AUGUCACAAACGUUGUCAGUGAACGAACCAAUUAUAUCCGAAAGAGAUGAUAACUAUAUCCCAUUAAGUUUAACAGCACAAGAUUUGACUCUACAGGAAUCAAAAACUUAUAUGAGGUGGUAUAGUGAUAUACUAGCCCGGACCAGUUCUCGAACAAUCACCAUGAAUGAUGUAUAUAAUUUUUUGAAUAACUUCAAAAUACCUCAAGAUAUAAAGGAGAAAGUCAAUAGAAUCUUCAGUAAGAUUUUGUAUUCCAUUAACAUUGGGGAGUUUUUUGCAUUGUUACGAGUGAUUAGUCAUACAUUACAAGGAAAAGAACCAAGUCGAGCAUUAAUCGCAGUUGCUGCGCCUGUACCUGCACCGCCUUCAAUUUUGUCCAAGAAAAGACAGAAUGAUGAUGAUGAUGAUGAUGCGAACGACAGUAUACUUAAUGAUGAAGGCUCAGAAAUUAAUAGUAAUGGCAGUGUUCAAGAUGUCAAUAAACCAUUGGAUAUAGAUAGUUUCACCCAAUUCUUGCUUACUGGAGAACGGCCCGAUGAACAACCUAAGAAGCGAAAAUCCAAGAAGUUGAAAUCAGUCAAGUUUUCUGAUCAAGUUGAUAUUCAUGACGAUUCAUUUGUUAAUUCACCUGCAGAAUCUCCCCAGCCUCAAGACCAUUUGGACUAUUCCUUGCCUAUGGAUCAAUUGUUGAAUAGAAUGAAGAACCAACCACGACAGCAGCAACAACAGCAACGACUCAAAGAGGAAGAGGAAGAGCGAGAAAUACUUAAAGAUAUGGAAUCACAAAUUAACCAUUUCCAGAACUUACAUUCAGUAGAUACAGUAUCUAUUGGUGGGGUUCCAUCAUCCAUCCAUCUUCAAAAUUCAUCAGAAAACUUACUCCGUCCAAACAUGACUGGACCGGCACAAAUGGCCAGGAUGUUCUCACCAUCUCCAGAUCCUGAAUUGUUACAACCUAAUAUGACAGGGCCUACACAAAUGGCACAAUACUUGAACCGAACUCAAAAUAAUGUAUCUCCAUUAAUGCCCAAUGUAACAGGACCGGCAGACAUGGCUAGGAUAUUUGCUCCUGGUAGCAGUACCGAUUCCGAAAUUGAAGCACCAAAGAUUUCAUUACAAUCAUUUACAAGCCAAAUGACGGGAAACACCAUGGAAAACACAUUGCAAAACUCACAAAUUGGGCAACAACAAGAACUGAACAACUUGUUGUCGCGCCCCUUACCACCAGUUCCUAUUCGUCAUAGAUCGGCGUCUUCUCCUAGUCCAGGCACAAUUAAUGGUGGUCCACCCCCAGUGCCUCCUAGGUCUCCAUUAUCCCGUGUUCCUCCGCCGCCUCCCCCUUCAAGAAGACGUAAUGCCAGUAUGCUGGCGCUGGUGCUGGCUCUGGUGGUAACUCCGCCUCCUUUACCACCAAAAGUACCGCAAAGUGGAGUAAUGUACCAAGCUAGCUCCAACGAUAGUACGUCAAACAUCUUGGAUGAUUUAAAGGCAUUACAAGCAGAAGUGGAUAAGAUUAGGGAUAUGACUGGUGGAUUUUAA